AUGGCGGGCUCCCUUGCCCUAAUCCUCACCCUCAUCGCCGGCUCCCUCGCCGGCGUCCUGCCCCUCCUCCGCGACAGCAGAACGACCACCGUUACCCUACCCCAGGGAGCCACAUACGACCAAAAUACACAUUUACUCUGCACCCCCACAACAUGGACCGACGUUGCGACUUUUUUCCUUGGCAACUACAUCUCCCACGCGGCGACCGUCAUCGCCUUCCCCGGUGAACCAUGGUACAUCGUUGCGCUAAACAUGCUCCUCGCCAUCCUCUUCCCCGGUAUGGGUGCCGCGCGCGGACUACUGGCGAUUAUUCGGCACGCGGCACUGUGCAAGGAUCCAAUCCAGAGGGCGCUGCGGUCGCGGGCGAUGUGUAUGGUUGUGCGCUCAAAGGAGUGGAGGCCAAUUUCUGGGCAGAAGGUGCAUUCGCUGUCGUUCUUGUCGGCGACGUUGCGGGGAGAGAGGGAGGAUGAAGAGGAGGAAGAUUUUCGGGCGCAUCAUCUUAUCUGUGAGUCAAUGGUUCAAGGUUCGAUUUGA